AUGAGAAUCAACAAAGGGAAAAGGAUCAGCGAUGAGCUUAACAAAUCCAUUGAAGACUCAAAACUCUAUGUCAUUGUUUUUUCAAAGAACUAUGCUUCCUCAUCUUGGUGUUUAGACGAGCUUGUGAAGAUUAUGGAGUGUCAGAAGAAGAGUGAUCGGACUGCUUACCCCGUCUUCUAUGAUGUGGAUCCUAGUGAAGUCCGAAAUCAAAGUGGAUCAGUUGGAGCAGCCUUUGCCAAACAUAUUGAAAAUAUUGAGGCUUCUGGAAAAUGGAGAGAUGCUUUAAAGGAAGCAUCCAAUCUGGCUGGAUGGGAGUUGAAGAACACUCUUGAUGGGCAUGAAGCUAAGUUCAUCAAGAAAAUUGUUGAGGAGAUCAUCUCACUUAAGUUACGUUUUAUUGAUUUGAGUGUUGAGGGUAAGUUGAUAGGCAUGGAGUCCCGGGUAAACGAUGUUGUUUCAGUUUUGGACAUUGGUUCUGAUGAUGUCCGCAUGAUAGGGAUCAAGGGAAUGGGAGGUGCAGGGAAGACAACUUUGGCCAGAGCUGUUUUUGAUCAUAUAUCGAUUUGGUUUGAAGGUAAAAGCUUUGUUGAGAAUGUAAGGGAAGUCUCAAAAGCUUCAUUAUCUGGUUUGAAGAAAUUGCAAGAGCAAAUCAUGUCAGAUGUCUUAAAUGAUCAACCAAUCAAAAUAAGGAGUGUUCAUGAUGGGAAAAACAUAAUGAAAAAGAUGAUGUGUGGUCAAAAAGUUCUUGUUGUUCUAGAUGAUGUGGACAAUGUAGAACAGCUUGAGGCUUUGGCCGGUGAGCCAAAUUGGUUUAACACGGGAAGUAGAAUCAUCAUUACAACUAGAGACGAGCAAGUGCUGGUAGCGCACCAAGUGGACCUGGUUCAGGAUGUCAAUCUGUUAUCACAUGAGGAAGCACUUUGCCUCUUUAGUCGGUAUGCAUUUGGGAAAGAGAUCCCAAUUCAACGGUACAAAGAGCUAUCAGAUCAAGUUGUUUGUUAUGCUGCUGGCCUUCCGCUAACAAUCAGAGUUUUGGGCUCGUUUCUUUGUGGUAAGAAUGAGCCUGAAUGGAAAGAUGCUAUAGAAAGACUAAAAGAAAUUCCGUUGAAGGAAACUCUUGAAAAGUUGGAAUUAAGCUAUACUGGUCUAGAGGACGAUUACAAGGAAAUAUUUCUAGAUGUUGCAUGCAUACUGAAAGGUUGGGGAAAAGAUAAAGCAAUUGAAAUGCUUGAAAGCUGUGGCUUUCGGGCUAGAAUUGGUUUAAAAGUACUUGAGCAGAAGUCUCUGAUAACUAUCUCUACUGGUUAUGAGGUCUUAGAAAUGCACGACCAUAUUGAAGAAAUGGGCAAGAAUAUUGUUCGUCGUUUGCACCCUGAUGACCCUAACAAACAUAGCCGACUGUGGAUUUAUGAGGAAAUUGGUGAUAUAUUGGUUAAUGACUUGGGUACUGAGGCAACAAGAUGUAUCAUAGGGUGUGAUGACCCAAAAAUUCUUUUGAGACGUCUUCGAAAAAUGAAGAAACUUAGAUAUCUCGGAAUUGAUUGGAUGGAUGGAGAUAAACUUGAUGAAGACAAGAUAUUCUUGCCAAAUUCUUUACGGUUCGUGAAUUGGUACCAAUACCCUUCUUAUUUUUUACUCAAGCAAUUUGAAGCAGAUAAUCUUGUUGGACUUCGAUUGGAAGGGGGCAACAUCAAAAAAUUCUGGGAAGGCAAGGAAAGAAAGGUCCUUAGUAAGCUCAAAUUCCUUAACCUUAAUCAUUCGAGGUUCUUGGAAACCCUCGACCUUGAAAUGACUCCAAAUCUCGAGACAUUAUAUCUUGAAUAUUGUGAGUGUUUGCAAGAAAUUCAGAUGCCAGUUGGUGGAUGUAUGAAGCUCAAAUCUAUGAAAUUCAAUUAUUCACGGUUGACAAAACUUAACCUAAUAGGAUUGAGUCUCGAGACAUUAAGUCUUAGACAUUGUUAUUAUCUGGAAGAACUUAACAUACCUUUUCCAUGUCCAAAUCUCAAAUCCAUGGAUAUUUACGGGGCAAGGAACUUGAGGACCCUUGACCUUAGGAUGACUCCGAAUCUGGAGAGGUUAGAUGCUUACUGGUGUUCUAACUUGGUAGGAAUCCAAGCUCCAGUCGGAUGUCUGAAAAAGCUUGUCUAUGUAGACUUUGGUCUUUGUAGGACGUUUCUAAAUAUCAAGUUUGACAAACAAAUUGAGUCACACAAGGCCGUGUCUUUAGCUGAACUAAAUCUCUCAGCGUGUUCCGUAGAUGAGUGCCCAUUGCACCCCUUGAGCUACUCGUCAAAGUUUAAGUUUGGGUGUGUUUAUAAUGAAAAUCCAACAUUGUCGUUAGGAAAUCUUGGAAGGCUUAUUUCUGCAGGUUUUUGUCGUUGCACAAACCUAGAAAGUUUUUUAAAAAGCAUUUGUGGGUUGCGAUGCUUAAGAAAGCUUACACUCAAUGGAAGUAUUCCAGAGGCGCCCAAGCACUUUGACCGGCUAGAGUGUCUAGAAGAGCUAGUAUUGUCAGAUACAUAUAUCACACAUCUUCCAGACAACAUUCGUAUGUUGAAACACCUGAAGUCUCUCAAACUUGACAAAUGUAGCCGUUUUGAGAAGUUACCGGAAGAUUUUGGCCAAUUACAAUCACUAGAGGAGCUAAUUUUGCGGUCUACAGUGAUUAAACAUCUUCCAGACAGCUUGUGCAUGUUAAAACAACUGAAAUCUCUCAAACUUAUAUCUUGUUGUCAUCUUGAGAAGUUACCCGAAGAUUUUGGCCAAUUAGAGUCUCUGGGGGAGCUAGUUUUGUCAGGUUUAACAAUCAAACAUCUUCCGAAUAACAUUUGUAUGUUGAAAAAACUCAAAACUGUUAAACUUGGUCCUUGUUGGGAGACGUUAGUCGAGGAAAUGGGGCGGUUAGAAUGUCUAGAAGAUCUAACUUUGUUAUCUUCAUGGGUUAAACAUCUUCCGGAUUCUUUUUGCAACUUGAAACUACUGAAAUCUCUCAGACUUGAUUCUUGCAGAUAUAAUAAGAAGUUAAUCGGGUUUCUGGGAAGGUUAGAAUUUCUAGAGAAGCUAAGUUUGUCAUCCGGCGAUAUUUGGGAUCUUCCGGAUAGCAUUUGCAAGUUGAAACAUCUGAAAACACUUCAACUUACAUAUUGUCCUCUACUUAAAAAGUUACCCGAUGAACUUGGCCGAUUAGAAUGCUUACAAGAGUUGGAUCUAACAUUUACACCCGUAAGUCAUCUUCCAGAUAGUAUUUCGAGGUUAAAAGGUUUGCGUAUUUUUGGCUAUUAUUAA